CACCGCUACCUCCUAAUUAUUACCUAAUCAAAGCUUAUCCUAUCCCAACUCAUCAUCCAUCAUCUCAACCCCCAGAUUGAUUGUCAGCACAAUUUCGCAAUACCGACCGAGUACGACAACAAUGACCGACGACUCCCAUUAAAAUAGGAGUUCUUGGUUCGUGUCUAUAUUUACACAACUACAUUAGACAUAUCUAGCUACUUCGAUGAAGCAUAAGGUUAUAUACUUUGGUACAUUGGUACAUUGGUACAUGGUAUAAAUUUCAACUGGUGAUGUUUUAAUAAUAUUGAUCCAUAUAAGAAAAGAAUACAAAACAUACAUCCACAUCUACAUCUACAAUUCUCUCUUCAUUCUUUAGGCAUGCACCAAUUGUCCUCUCCUUUUUACUUUAUAUCUUAAUUAAUACCAUGUUUUCAGCUCGCAAUACCGAUACUCCCAAUCCCUUCCGGCCUGCUCUUCAAUAUCUUAUCAACACCGCGAAUUCGAAUCUGCCGCGAACACGUUCGAAUCAUCGCAAAAUUCAGUCAUUUAGUAGUUUGGACUCUGAUGGGGAGACCGUCGACAGGAUGUUUUCUCGAAAUGGAACAACCUCAUCUGAACUUCAGCCAUCUAUACCCCUCAUAAAUAUAUCUCGCAGUCCUUCCCCUUAUCGUCCAAAAGCUGCUUCAGAUCCUACAUCAGAAAGCGAUGAAGAAUACGAAAAUUGGGGCACAUCAUCUACACGACCUAUCCUUUCCGGAGCGGACCCAAAAUAUACAGGCUGGCGAUAUGCGCUUUAUAGUGGAGGGCUGGGUCAUUUUCUUUUUAACACAACGGUGGGCUGGCAGUUCUACAUUGGGCUUCUCGUCUUUUGGCUUGGGGGCUGUGGCAUAGGUCUUACGGUCAUGAAUAGGAUAAUUCUCUGGAGUGGGUACCUUCAAGCAAAUUACACUUCGCAUACUAAGCUUAUGAUCUUAUUAGCUGGAGUUUAUAAGUUUCCCUGGCCUGUGACGACUACUUUUAUCGAAUUGUUGAUGACUCACGGCUUUCUAUGGCUUUCGGCAUUUCUGACGAGAUUGGCGAGCCCAGUCUGUAUCACUGCAGGUGUGUCGAGUGCGGUUGCGCCAAGUACACCUUUACAGAGUUCGAAUGCACCUGGGUUUAGAGGAGAUGGAAAGAAACACGGAUUACUUUCGACUCUGGGAAGAUUGUCAUCCGCGAGCUCUGGGGGUAUUGCUGGUGGUGGACUGUUCGAAUUCGAUAUGGCUGUCGCUCGACAAGUCUUACCUCUCGCCAUCAUUUUCGUGGUGAAAGUUAUAUUGAGCAACAUCUCUUUCGCUUACGCCCAACUGCCUGUAUAUGUUAUGGCUAGAAUUGGGAUAGUGCCAUUUUCACUAAUGUUCACGGCACUUCUUGGACAACAGCAACAUUCUGCAUCCACUAUCUCAUCAGCCUUGAUUGCCACUCUCUUUCUAUUGCUCGGCACCAUGAAAGCAGGUAUCCGUGCUCCGUGGGAGAGUAUCGUCGCUGGUGUCUUCUCUUCCAUUUUUGUCGCUUUAUACCCGGUUCAGAUUCAACGUACAUAUAAGGUCCUAGUCGCUCAGCUUGUCCCCCAGGGCGAUCUUAUAGGUGGUUUCACUUCAAGCAACGGGCCUUCGGAUUUCUCUGGUUCUCGCGAAGAAAAUCGAGCCUAUUGGCGUCUACUUCACUACACAUCCCUUCUCUCAAUCCUCAUCUUCAUCCCCAUUCUUUUAUUGUCAGGUGAACUCGGAAGUGUUUAUCGCAACUGCUAUUUCAUGGAUGUCUUCUUUCAUUGGUUGAUGGUUCUCUGUGGAGGCACCGGAUCAUGGGCGGUGUUUUGGUGCACAAUUGCGCUUACUAGGGCAACUAGUCCACUUACGACGAGUUUCUUGUUUGUUCCAAGAGCUGCGUUCUUAUUACCUAUCAUGGCGGGCUUCAAGAUGCCAGCCUCCAGUUGGAUUGGAUUCGGUAUGUGCUGGGCUAGUUGUGCUUGGUUUCUUUUGGGCCGGGUGAGAGAGGGUAGACCUAUUGAAAGAUUGAGGUGAUGAAAAUUCAGAGAGGAGUUCCAUGAUAAUUUAUUUACAAUGUCAAAUAAGAGAUUUGGAUAAGAUGAGGUUUAGAAUUGAUGACAUAUAUCACGAUUAUAUCUAAGGCCUUGUGCCUAUCCUAGUUUAUGAGUCGAGUCCUCAGAAAAGCCUCGAAGGGAUGACCGCAUCACAAGGAAUGUGUAAUCAUUCAAGUCUGAGCCGCAGGAUUUACACAUGCAUUCACGGUAGCAUUUGCGGUACCACUAGCCGCUCCAAGCAGGUCCUGAAUCGUAGAAUCGACGAUUGCUACAGCGGUAACAUUUGUAGUACCAUUGGCCCUCUUGAGAGAUUCCUCGAACCGACACGCCUCCUCCAAAAUCAAUUCGGACAUUGAUCCGAAAACCAAUUCCCAAAAAUCAUGAAAAAUCCCCAAAAGAUUAGUGGACUUGCCAAACUCUUGAAUCGCAGAGCUCGCAAUUGAUUCAACACUCGGAGCAACCUAUAGUCU